AUGACGAGACUGACUCGAGAACGGGAUGGACUUGCGAUUGCUGUUGCUGCUGCACAGGAAGGCGGCGCGGCUGGGAACAGUCGCGAGGACCGGCGAGUCUGGAGAAAUAUGGAGUUGUGCAGGGAAUCGCUCUCACGAGAUUUGUCUUUUCAGAGUCCAGUCGCUGCGUGCCAUAAGAAUAUAUUACUUACUACCCCUGGACUACAAAUCUGCGCCAUCGGACAACACAUGGAGCGAUUGCCUCCGACGGCGCAACUGCUAUCGUGCGGUAGUCAUUUCGUCGUCGUUGGGGUGGGCACUGCAACAGUCCAGUCCCAGCCAGCGAGCCUAUCUUCAACCACGAUCACUGACGAAAGUCGUGUCGUCUGA